AUGGUGGCCGCUCAGCACCUAGAGAGAGAGCGAGGAGAGAGAAAGAGGAGAGCGAGAGAGGAUAGAGCGGGGAGGAUAGAGAGAGAGAGAAGAGAGAGAGAGGAUAGAGAGAGGGAGGAUAGAGAGAGAGAGAGGUUAGAGAGAGAGAGAAGAGAGAGAGAGCGAGAGAGGAUAGAGAGGGAGGAUAGAGAGAGAGAAGAGAGAGAGAAAAGAGAGAGGAUAGAGAGAGAGAGAAGAGAGAGAGAAGAGUGAGAGGAUAGAGAGAGGAUAGAGAGAGAGAGGAUAGAGAGAGAGAAGAGGAGAGAGAGAGAGAGAGGUGAGAGACAGGAUAGAGAGAGGAUAGAAAGAGUGGAUAGAGAGAGGAGAGAGGAGAGAGGAGAGAGGAGAGAGGAGAGGAGAGAGGAGAGAGGAGAGAGGAGAGAGGAGAGAGGAGAGAGGAGAGAGGAGGGAGGAGGGUGGAGGGAGGAGAGAGGAGAGAGGAGAGAGGAGAGAGGAGAGAGGAGAGAGGAGAGAGGAGAGAGGAGAGAGGAGAAAGGAGAGAGGAGAGAGGAGAGAGGAGAGAGGAGAGAGGAGAGAGGAGAGAGGAGAGAGGAGGGUGGAGGGAGGAGAGAGGAGGGUGGAGGGAGGAGAGAGGAGAGAGGAGAGAGGAGAGAGGAGAGAGGAGAGAGGAGAGAGGAGAGAGGAGAGAGGAGAGAGGAGAGAGGAGAGAGGAGAGAGGAGAGAGGAGAGAGGAGAGAGGAGAGAGGAGAGAGGAGAGAUAUGUGA